GAUAGACCAUGUUAGGCUGUUUGGGUCAGGACGGCCGUAGACAAUGUUGUUAAGACUUGGAAUAGUUUCAAACUUCUAAAAAUUAAAAACCAUAAGAAAGGCAUCAGCAGAAUUUGACGAGAUUGAUUCAGUUUUUGACAUGUGUACAUUUUAGGAACUCCCGAAGUUGAUAGAGGUUUUUAUUUUGUUCUGCAUACGUGAAAAAAUUUAGUGUAACACAGUAAGUUCUUAGAGUGCUGUUUGGUAAUGCUACCCUAAAUAGACUGCACUCCUACUGGCUGGACUUUGUGAACAGAGAAUUAAUCCUCCCAGGUGCAUGUCUGUAUAAAAAUCUUUAGGGUGGUUUGGGAAGAUGCACAGGAAACUUCAAACUCACUCUGCUAAAGAAGCAAAUGUAACUACAGAAAAUAUUGGUCUUAUUCUGGCUAUGGACAUGUGACAAGACCAUUUUUGAAAUUGGAGCUCCUGUUCAAUGAAAGGGCAGUUUUCCGAAGCGAGAGAGAUUACAGUGGACUUAUUACUGUACUGGAGAGCAUUCCUGCUAUGAUCUCCACACAGCACCUGCCACACCCCAACGAAAUUCAAAGAGCAAUGGACUGCCCAAGCAAAGAGAAGGAGCUUAAUGAACAGCAGUCUGAAUGUCAGGAUGGGUCUAAUUGCCCUGACUAUUGUCCAGCAACAGCAGAAUCCAAUUCAGAAUCACCAAGAAUUCUUAAAAUACUGCAGAAGUGGAUUCCUACAGUUUCUCCCUAUUUUGACAAGGAGCAUUAUUGUUAUGCAGACCACCAGAUCACUAUUCAAGAAUCAUUAGACCACUUUGGAGCUAUAGUAUGGCCUGGUGCAUUGGCUUUAUCUCAGUACCUGGAAUCAAAUCAACAAGAGAUCAACCUAAAAGACAAAAAGGUACUUGAAAUUGGUGCUGGAACAGGACUGGUAUCCAUUGUGGCUAGUAUACUAGGAGCUUAUGUUACAGCUACUGAUUUGCCUGAAGUACUUGAAAAUCUCAAAUUGAAUAUUUCAAGAAAUACACAAAACAUGAAUAUUCACCAACCUGAAGUGAGGAAGCUGGUGUGGGGAGAAGACCUCAAUGAAGACUUCCCUAAAUCAACUCACCAUUAUGAUUUUAUUUUGGCAAGUGAUGUUGUCUACCACCAUACAUCUCUGGAUCCAUUGCUAACAACAAUGGUAUAUUUAUGUCAGCCAGGGACAGUAUUAUUAUGGGCAAAUAAAUUCAGAUUCAGCACAGAUUUUGAAUUUUUAGAGAAACUUGGCAAUAUAUUAAUCGUUACACUUCUAGCAGAAUUUCCAGAAUCAAAUAUCAAGCUGAUUAAAGCCACAGUAAAAGAGAAUUAAGAGAAAACAAUACAGUCAUAGUUUUGAUGCCCCUCAAAGUUUAUGAGCUUCUAGUUUUUAGUACAUAAUGCACACGGAGUGCAUUAAUGUCCAUAAACCUGUCCCUGAGUCUUUGAAUUUUGCACUUCAAUACAUGACAAAUUAAGCUGGAGGAUAAUAAUAUCAGGACACUUCUUAACUGUCUGAUUUGUCUCAUAAGCUUAUAGACAUGAUUUACUCAAGCAAAUCAAUUUAUUGCUGCCAGAGGGUCCGCAGUAACAAAACACAGCCAGAAGGUAAAGUUCCAAAAUUUCAAAUCAACUAUUAGAUCUAGCUAUAGAGUAACUCCUCGCUUAACAUUGUAGUUAUGUUCCUGAAAAAUGUGACUAAGUGAAAUGAUGUUAAGUGAAUCCAAU